GUCUUUCAUUGUUAUUCUGCAUAAACACAAUACACACGUUUUCGAUAGUUUUUUUUUUAAUUUUUAUCUUUAUUUGCUUACGCACGAAGAGAGAGUGGAUGGCUUUUUAUAUGAGACUUGACAUGAAUUGCAUUAUAUGAAAUGUGUUUACUGUUAUAGAAAUGCAACUUGCCAGUGUUGUUGAACCAUUGAUCAAGCCAAGCAACAAAGACUCGAAUGUUUUGCUUAUUUUGUGAUAUUUGAAACAUGGACGAAUCGCUGUACAAUGAAACUAGUACUGGAAAUGCAAAUGAUACUAAUCAAGUCAGCGAAUUUACGAUUGAUGAAUUUGUAUCCGUCACGUAUACUGAGUACAAAUCGCAUUUAAACUAUUCCCUAGAGCCCACCUAUUCGAAAUUGGGCAUGGAUUUUAUACACAAAUUUACACGCACUCUAUUUGAGAGUUACUAUGCACCAGAUGAGGAUGCACCGGAAGGUUAUGUUAUUGCUAUUGAUAACACGACUGCAUUUGCCGUGGGUCCCAAGGUAUGGGCAAAUGUCUGGCAAGCUCUGAUUGCCCGUAAAACUGUCGUACUCGUCUGGGUCUUGUUCUUGCUAACUGUCAUAAUAGUCGUUCCGUUUAUUGCGGUAUGUUAUUUUUGUUUCUGUUGCUUCCGUUGCCGCAGCAUUUGUCCACCUUGUCAAAGUAGAUCGACUGCUACCAAGCGUAUUUUACUUAGUUUACUGCUAAUACCACUAAUACUGGGAAUUCUGUUUGGCUUGGUCGUUGCCUUUCUGAACGAUAGGCUAAUCAACAAUGCACUGCGAGAUAGCAGCGAAACAAUAAUGCGCAACAGCAAGGACAACUGCGCCUUGCUGGAGGACAUCUGCAAUAAUGUACGUCAUUUGCUCGUGAAUAACUUUGGGGAGUUGGAAACGGUUGUGACUAGUCAGCUGUUCGCCAUUGCUGACAUGGCGUUGAAGGAUCUGACUACAGAGGCUGGUCUAUUUCUGAUAGAGGUAUUGGAGGACAUCUUCGACAAUAUGCCCCAGGCAUUAGAAUUGAUGAAACAGGUGAAGGAAAUGCAGGCCUAUUUGGUUUUCGUUGGCAGCCAAUACAGAGACAGUUUGCGUGGGGCUAAGCGUGAUCUCCUUUAUGUUCUCACGGUCUGGUGCGAUUUCCUUCCGUGCAAUCAGGUUAUUACGAAGAAUAACCUUUUAUUUAUGGACACCUCAAGUUGCCUUCACUUCGAUAAACUGCCGAAUACAAGCGCGUUUAUUGAGGAUAUUGAGAAUAUUAUUUAUAAGGACUACUUUAAGCUGCCAAAGACAUGGAUGAGGCGCUUAUUGGAGGAAAAAGAGAAAUUCAAACAUGCUCUCGAUCCAAUGAUACCGCCCAUGCUACGUCGCAUCAGCAUAAUGGCCGACACGCUAAAGGCUGAGAGCUACGAGAUAUGCAAUGUAACUUACGGGGCUAUAAGCGAUAUAUAUCUGAACAAAAUGCAUUCGACCAAAAGCUUUGAAGAGUUCUACGAUAACUAUGGACGUAGUCGCUGGUAUGCCAGUGUCACACUGUUGCUCAUCAUGCUGUUGAUUGUGCUCAUAUUGACCUAUGCUCUUAUAGCUGGACUUUGUCUACGGAAAGAUAACUCUGGAUCGAGCUGUAUGCUGAUAGCGAUUGUCUUAAUGUUUGCCGUCCUGUCCAUGAUAAUGAUAAUGGGCUUGUUCUACUUUACGCUUGGCCUGGUCAUAUAUCCAGCGUGCAUUUUGCACGAUGAUAAAGGUCGAAACACACUGUAUUCAUUGCUGGAAAAUGUUCUAGAGAAAUCGGAUGCAGUCAAGAACAGAACGCUCCAUCGAGCGAAUGCAUUUGCGAAUCCAAUCCUAACAUGCCGUGGAGAUCAGUCAAUAUUUGAUAUGCUGCGCGAAAGCAAUUUGUACGACAUGGAGAAAUUGAGGGAGAUUAAGUUAAACUUGGAGGAGAGUUCGUUCAUACAAUUUGGUAAAUUAGAUGUCCAUUUCGAAAUGGUGACAUUUAUGCCGCCAGAAGAGUUUAAUCGUAUGUUCAAGAUACGGGAGAACUUCUUAUCACAUUACCAUAGUAGCUUAUACAUGGAUGUUCUGUGCCCGGAGGUAACGGAACUGGACGUGCCUGAUUUUAUAAGCGAAUUGAGGAAUUGGGCUGCAGAAUUUUUUUCUCAAGAUCAUGGUAAAUACGUCGAAGAUAGAUUAGAAGUGGCAUAUGCGAACGUACUCAGAAUGGCCACUGACUUGAAUGAGUAUUUUCCGAUGCAGAAAUCCAUAGAGCAAACGAGGAGUCAGAUUCAAAUCAACGUCGAGACUAUUGACAAUCUGAUAACAUAUGAGAAUAACAAUUUCAAUAACUCCAUUCUCACAUUAAUAACAAAGCUGGCCAAUGCACAGGAAUUUAUAGAAGUUGUUGGCACCGAUUACUUACGCAACAUUGUCGAUAAUUAUACCAACUAUAUUGACAACGAAAUUUCCCAUUACUUCGAUAUGGUUAUCAAUGUGAGUUUCGAUCGAAUUGGCCCCUGUGAACAUCUGGCACGCAUGCACGAACAGAAUGUCAAUAAAAUCUGCGAUCAUUUGGUCAAUUCAGUUAACGGCUACUGGUUGGGCUUAGUCAUAUUUGGCACACUGCUAAUUCCCCUCCUGUGUGUUGCCCAUCGCUUGAUGUGCUUAUACCAAUUUUAUGGAACGGCAGCUGCAUCUAAACACCAGAGCAAUUGUCCAACCUGCAUGGGACUACCACAUAGGACACCACCGAGUGUGAUUUCUAUUUCGCCGGGACCACAGACAAGCUCUAUGAAUACCAAUGCAAAUGAAGCUUUUGGCAGCAAUAAGCAUAAGCACGAUUGAGUCAUAAGUCUAUUGCUCAUCUGCCGGGUAUAUGAAAGCGAGUUCUAUUUAUAAUUAAAUAAUAGAUCACUUUUUGCAUUUUCAUACUUUUAUACAUUCAUACGAACAAUGAUUCGACAUUAAACAGAUCUGUAUACAAUUUAUCGGAAU